AUGGCGUACUUCCAAACGCACGAUGUAUCGAAGGUCUCCCUGCAGCCGGUCGAGAAGAUUCCUGCAUUGCAAAAUAGAGAGUUUGACAUCGUCGUGUACGGCGUAACAGGGCACUCUGGUCUACUUCUGGCGAUUGCUCUUGCGGGCCGUAGCGCUAAGAAGCUCGAAAUUGCACGCGCGAAGCUCGCCAGACUUUCAGACCCCAUCGCCCUGGAUUUCCCUCUUAUCAUCGCCAAUAGUAACGACGACAAGUCUCUCGAGGCAAUGUGUCUCCGCACUAAGGUUGUGGGCACUACAGUUGGGCCGUAUCUAAAGUAUGGAGAGCCUCUUGUUCGUGCCUGUGCACGUACUGGUACUGGGUACUGUGACCUGACAGGCGAGGCGCAGUUUGCAGAGCUAGCAGCGACAAAGUACGACAAGCUGGCUGUACAGACAAGUGCACGAAUUGUCUCCUUCACUGGGUUCGACAGUGUUCCAGCGGAUGUGGGCACGGCCACAGUGGGUGGUACAUUCGACACCAUAGUAAACCUGAUGGAGAACGGCCUACCCCCCGCCCUGCUGAAUAAGCCAAGUCAACCUCCGCCAAAGGGAAAGACUUCGAUUGUUUUCCCGCUGCUGGACUAUACCCUUCGUCAUGGCAAUAGUAAACAGCAGAGUGGUGCAGUGGACGAAUGCUUCGAUGGGACACUCCAAGCAUUUCUAUUACAACGAGGAGAAGGGCCCGAUCGCAAUACUGUUCGAAAAGGUUUGUUGGAGUGCAAAUUCUACGCUACAUCUGCGGAUGGCAAGCAGGUUGAGACGCUGUGCUGGCAGAGUGUGGGCGACUUGGGUGGGUUUCAGACUGCCCUGUAUCAGGGAGAGAGUUGUGUCGCACUUGUGAAGGACGCCUCCAGGCCCGGCCCUAAACCCACAGGCGCGGGGCUAACAGUGGGCAUGUGCAUUGGCACUGAUGUCAUGCUAGAGCGUCUCAGAAACUCGGGAUUCCUAUCUAUCGAAUGA